UUCACUCGCAGGCGUUUUGAGUGUCGUUUCUCCUAUCCAAACAUUUCGAUCCGCAAUGGCUGACUACUGGAAAUCGCAACCUAAAAAGUUUUGCGAGGUCUGCAAGUGUUGGUUUGCAGACAAUAAGGCGAGCAUAGAUUUUCAUGAAAGGGGCAAAAAUCAUCAAGCCAAUGUGCAAAAGCGUAUCACGGAGAUCAUGAAGAAAGGAAAGAAGAUGCAGAAAGCUCAGCAGAGCUAUGAAAACAUCAUGGAUGGAAUCAACCAGGCUGCAUUGCAGGCAUUUGAAAAAGAUGUCAAGACCGGGGGCUCGAAAAUUGAAGCGUAUCGGUACGCUGCUGAGGAAGCCAAGCUCAAAGAAAAAGCAGCGGAGAAAGAGGCAGCGAAUUUGUCUACGCCAGCACCAGUGGUGUUGUGGUUUGAAGGUGUCACUGAGGGAGGGGACACGUACUAUUGGAAUAUGGAGACUGGAGAAUCUACUUGGGAGAAGCCAGAGUGUGAUUAUGUCCCAUUUUCCAACCAGCAAGAACCGUCCAGUGAGAGUGCACCACCAGAGGAUGACUCGUCAAUAGAACCAGACUCGAGCAUAGGACCAGCUCCUAAGGCAAGUCCGUAUGGAGAGUGGCAAGCUGUCAAACCCAAGCAGGCACCGAAGAUAGAUUUGCAACUUCCGCAAAAGUCUGAAGGCAUUGAAGAGGUUGUCAUUAGUGUACCAAGCGACGCUCCCAAAAGGAUGAAGUUUGCGGAAAAGACUGUGGGUAGCCUUGAAUCCGAGGAAGGUGAAGAUGCAAGUUCUGUAUUCAAAAAGCGCAAGCUUGGUUCUCACGGCAAAAGGAAUGUGAGGCAGCGAACCGAUGAUGACUAGAUCAACCGCAUGUGCCGGUGCUGUGCUUUGUAUGUAAAUAAAUGUAAAUAGAUUGCACAUUUCA